UACAAGUAAAAAUACAUUUACAAAAGUAAUUAUUCGUUUUUGAUUAUAGAUAAACUUAAUAAUUAAUUAUUUAAUUAAUAAUAAAUAAAUUGUGUUGCGAAAUCAAAGUAUCUUGUAAUCAUAUAAUUUAGUUAGUUUAAGAAAUAAAUGAGCACUCCUCUUCCUCCUUAAGCAGGUUCAAAUAGAAAUACUAUCAAUCAUAUUCCUCCUCACAGAUAGUCAUAAAAUUAAGCUUACCCUAUUUAGUAAUAGGGUACAUAAUAGAAUUUAUCCAUUAAUCAGAAUUUACAAGUAAACAGCAACCUCAACUAAACCAUUGAAAGCUACAAAUAGCAGUUAUUUGAAAAACAAAAUGAGAUUCAAUAACUAAUGAGAUAGAAAACUUCUCUUGAAAAGGAAAAAAUGGAGCUGUAGACUUAGAAUUAGAAUUUGAGAUAAGUUAUAAAUAACAACUAGAAUGUUUUUGACAAACAAUUAGAAGAGAAAUAAUUUUAAUUAUCUUAAAUUAAGUCUGAUUAGAUUAACUACAAGGGAAUGAAAAAGACAUUGGAGGAAUAAAUCGAAGAAGUUAAUAAACAAAGACAAAAAGAACAGGAAUUGCAUUCAUAAGAAAUUAAAUCUUUAAGAGAACGCUAAAAAACUUUGAUAGAAGAUCUUUAAGAAUAAAGAAGAAAAUAUGAUCAUCUCCACUUUUAUUUAGAGAGAAAUGCAAAAUAAUUUGAGUUUGAAGAAGAAUAAUUAAAGACCUAGAUCAAAAUUAAGGACUAAGAAUUGUUAACUUUAGAAAAACAACUUGAGAAAUUGCAAGCAGCAUACAAUUAAGGAUCUUAGGAUACAUAAAGCAAUUUAGUAGCUGAAAAUGAAAGUUUGAAAUUUAAAUUAUCAGAAAUGGCAGCUAAGCUAAACAACUACACUGAUUUAGAAAGAAAAUUCAAUUAAAUUUCAUAAGAAAGAAAAGAUUUAGAGGUUUAACAAAUUGAAUAAAAAAUGAGAGUAGAGCAGGAAAGAAUUAUCACAAAGAGAACUAUUGAGCUUGAAGAUCAAUACAACAGAUUAAACUAAGAAGUACUCUAUUUAAGAAACAGAGAAAAGUAGCUUCAAAUGGAAAAUGAAGACUACAGAGACAAGGCUAAAAAGAUGGCUGAGACUGUUAAUGAAACAAUCUAACAAGCUAAUUUGUGGAAAGAAAAAUACUAAAUAGCAGUCAGUUAGUAAUCUGGAAAUUAAGAUUUGAAUGUUCUUCGUAGCACUAUUUAGCAAAAAGAAAUGGUAAUUGCAUAACAAGAAUCUAUGUUGAAAAACGUUACUUCUGAGCUUGCCGUUUUAAAAAAUGACUACUCCAACAGACCAUCAUAUGUUAACUCUAAUGCUAUUAACGUUAAUGGAACCGCUGAGGUAGUCCAGUUAUAAAGUGAAAAUAAAAUGUUGGCUGAAAUGAAUUAGAAACUAUAAGAUUAAAUUGUAGAAGUUCAAGAAGAAACAAGAAAAAAAUCAAGAAACACUCAAGGUGGAUAGCAAUUCCAAACCACCUAUGUGAAUAAUGAUCCAGAAUUAAUAGAAAAAAAUACUAAGCUAGAAAUUGCUAAUAGAGCUCUAUCUGAAACUGUAGCAGAACUUGAGUUUAGAUUAAGCAGACUAGGAGAACCCCAACCUGGUAAACUAGGAUUACCUUAAUCACAAAGAGGAAGCACUUAUGUUUAUUAAACAAGUAGUGCUAUUGGAGGUAUAUUUUUAUUAAUAGUUAAACACUUUUAAUUGACUUAUUCUUAAAAAAGGUCAAAACUAUGCAAACACAAUUAGCCAAGCUCCAUUAACAUAAUCAUAAAUUCCACUUAAUAAUGGAUAUACAAGUUCAUAGCAAAUUCACAGUAUCUAAACAGUACAAGGUCGUAAUACAGUCCCAACUUACACCUACACUUUCAAUGUAGAUGGAAAUACAUAAGGAAACUAAAACUUAUAUUAAUAUUGAAAUAUUCUUUGUUAAUAAUAAAUAAUCAAUUACUUCUAAAAUUUUAUUUUGUAUUAAUUUUCAGAAAUUUAUAAAAUUUAAUCUUAGACUUUCUUUUUCUUCAAAACCAUCUUCAUUUAUUUAUUUUUUGA